CUUAUAAGUCAGAUGACAACCAAACACGCGUGACUUAUAAGUCACUGGUUUUAAGUCACCUGACUUAUAAGUCACGUAACUUAUUGAAAUCAAACAGGGCCUAAUUAUAAUAAUCUGAAUUAUUAAGGUAAUAAUCUAGGAGAACAUGUUUGAAGAUCAGAUUAUAUAAACUUUAAUUCAGGUUUUCACAUUGCAUAAUGACAUAUGUGCCUUCUGUUUUUUUAAAAAGGGGGAUGGCGGUGGCAGGAAUAUAAUUAUCUCAAACUUUACAAGUGUAAUGGGUAAUUAUCAAUCCAUAAUUUGAUUUUAGCUGGGUAGAGUAGAUUGUGAGUUUUUAAUAAUCUGUUCAUCUAGUUUUUAUAAUCUACACCAUAAUCUGUCAUGUUUAAAGAUAGAGUAGAUUAUAAAACUGGAUUAUAUAAUCUGUGCGAUUUCAAAUAGGUAAUCUUGUUAACAUGAGGUUUCUUUUUUAAAAAGACUACUCCCUCUGUACCGAAAUAUAGGUCGAUGGGCAUUCGUAGUUCAACUUCUCGCACGUUAAGAUUUUCUUUCACUUUCCCAAACUACCCUCGCUCACACUUGAGUGCUCGCUCACACUCCACUCGCUCUCGUGUCCUUUCCCAGAUCCGUUGCCGUCGCCGCCCUCUCCCAUCACCCUUUUCUUCCUACCAACCUGCCUCCACUCACACACGUGAGGUAAAAAAGAUCAAGGAUUUUUUGACCGGUGACGAGUUUCUAUGCAUUGGAGGCGCUAGAUCUGUGCUUGUGCGGUGCGUGUGCGAUGUUGCAGAAGAUUUAGAACAGGGACGAUGUGGAGGUGGAGGAGGCAGCGGCCGAUGUGGCAAUGACGCCGUCGGCCAAUGGAGGAGGUGGUGACGACGCUGGCGUGCACCUCGCCAUUAACCACUUCCGCAACACCGCCCUCGACGACGUUGUCGUCGUGCGCGUCGUCCUCGUCCACCUUGGACGCUCCACGCAGCUGUGGAAGAUGACCCGUCGGAGAAGGGGAAGAAGGGCCCGCAGAUCGUCGAGUAUGUUACUGCUUGAUGCGAUGGAAGGUUGGGAGCGGAGGAGCACGACGAUGGAGGUGAGGGCCGGGCGGAGCCACAGAGGUGGGGAAUGGAGGGACUGGACGAAGACACGAAGAUGGGGAACACAAGUGAUGGCUCGGAGGAGGUGGAAGACGAUCUGGAAGUGACCAAUUAGAAUUAAGCGAGGGUAGCAAUGUAAUUUCCUUACUUUUCACUUGGUCGAAAAAACUCUCCAACGACCUAUAUUUAAGAACGAAGGGGGUAGUAAACUUGC